UGCACUGCGCAUUACGUGACUCGGAGCGGCGGGUCCCGGCUCCACAGGUCUUCCGUGUCGGUUGAGAUGUCUAUGAUUUUGUCUGCCUCAGUCAUUCGUGUCAGAGAUGGACUGCCGCUUUCUGCUUCCACUGACAACGAGCAAGGCACCGGCGUGCAGGAGUGCAGAAAGUUCUUUAAAAUGCUCUCCAGGAAGCUUGCUCAGUUUCCUGAUAGAUGUACCCUGAAAAGUGGACAUUACAACAUUAAUUUUAUUAGCUCUCUGGGAGUGAGCUACAUGAUGUUGUGCACUGAAAAUUACCCAAAUGUUCUGGCCUUCUCUUUCCUGGAUGAGCUUCAGAAGGAGUUCAUUACUACUUAUAACAUGAUGAAGACAAACACUGCUGUCAGACCGUACUGUUUCAUUGAAUUUGAUAACUUCAUUCAGAGGACCAAGCAGCGAUAUAAUAAUCCCAGGUCUCUUUCAACAAAGAUAAAUCUGUCUGACAUGCAGACGGAAAUCAAGCUGAGACCCCCUUACCAAGUUUCCAUGUGUGAACUGGGGUCGGCCAAUGGAGUUACAUCUGCAUUUUCUGUUGACUGUAAAGGUGCUGGUAAGAUUUCUUCUGCUCACCAGCGACUGGAACCAGCAACUCUGUCAGGGAUUGUGGCAUUUAUCCUCAGUCUCUUAUGUGGGGCUCUGAAUUUAAUCCGAGGCUUUCAUGCCAUAGAAAGUCUCCUGCAGAGUGAUGGUGAGGAUUUUAAUUACAUCAUUGCAUUUUUCCUUGGAACAGCAGCCUGCCUUUACCAGUGUUAUUUACUCGUCUACUACACUGGCUGGCGGAAUGUCAAAUCUUUUUUGACUUUUGGCUUAAUCUGUCUAUGCAACAUGUAUCUCUAUGAACUUCGCAACCUCUGGCAGCUUUUCUUUCACGUGACCGUGGGAGCCUUUGUUACGCUACAGAUCUGGCUAAGGCAAGCCCAGGGUAAGGCUCCUGAUUACGACGUCUGACACCAUCCUUCAGACCUACUGCCUCGGCUUCGGGAGAGAAAGGCAGGAGGACUCUUAACUGCCACCGUGAUGGAGAACCUGGUCACCACAAACAAGAAGCUCUGCUUUGCUUCUCUCCGACCGCACUUUUUGUUUUAAGUCCGCAUGGCAUGCCGGCGAGCACGCAAUGCCUGCUGGGCAAACUCCUCUCAGAAGAACGUCGGCCAUGAGAUGACUGUUCAGAGGAGGGGAGAGGACCCAUCGCAGAGCCGUAACGGUGUGAGAAUGGCCAGACGGCACUGGGACCCUGGCCAGUAUGCCAGUCCUGAACCCUCGCUGAAGCGUUCAGUCCAAAUAUGUGUCCGUCUUCUGUGGACCAGGCAGGGACUCCACGACCUGGGUUUGCCUUUGUGAGGCAUUAGUAUAGACCAAAUAAAAAGGUGCCACAGCAAAUUGGAAACUUUAUGUUUCAAACAACCGACUUGCUACAUGUAAGAUUUUUGCCCAUAUAUGGUACUAUGAGUUUAUGAAGUCCAGGAUGGUGCGGAAUUGUUCUUUUGUAUUUUAUAUUUUUGCUUGAAUUUGAACUCUGGGAAUGGCCUGAUUGUAGGAGAGGCUGUGGCGAACUCACCCCUGGAGCAUCCCAAGUAUUGAAAAUACAGUGACAUGUCUCCUUUCUAGAUUACAUUGGUGGUUUCUUUUGAAAUCUCUUUUUAAAAAUACAAUUUGUUAGACUAUAGUCAUUGUUUCCAAAACUUUAAUCAUUUGAAUAUUACAUGUAACAUUAUUUACUUAAUUUUUUUUAAUUUUAAAAUAAUUUAAAAAAACAUCCACUACUCCAAGUGGAAAACCAGGAUCAGUUUCCCAUAAAUAAAAGGUAACUACAAAGUAAAUAAAUUAAAACAAAAAAAAUAUGUUAACUAAAUUCUAGCUAGAUGCUAGUGCCUGCCGAGCCUCUGAGUCUGAGAGGCCUGCCCCGUCCUCCGUGGGGUGAGAGAGAUGCUGCCCGGCGCUGUGGCGGGCGCUGUCUGUGGGACUGUGGGAGGGUGGGAAAGUGGUCAGGAAUGGCUCCUCUCUGUCGCUGCGGUUCAGUAUUACUUCGUGCAGUGUUGUGGGCCACCUGACGUCACCUUGUGUGCCCCAGGGGUGGGGGCCUUGCACCAUGGAAACACUGAACUGUACUGAGCCAUCAGAAGGUGGCUUUCCUCCCAGCAACUCAUUAUUUUAUGGCAUUGGGGGGGGUAAGUACCUAGUAUCUUCGAGCUCUUACUUGCUUUUGAUAACAUUAUAAAAUUACUAAAGGAGUUAUGAGUGAAUAUAGGAAGAACAGUUUGAUUCCAUUAGCAAAAUCUACAACUUCCUUGGUUUUAGAAGUCAUCUUCCUGAGUGAUUUUCUUUUGUUUUUUAAAGAAAAGAUUCCAAACAAAGAGUCCAGAAGGUACUAAAGUUUCACAUCCAGAAAAACAGUAGGCCCAUCACAUGUAACUCAUGUUAUUUGGCACAUUUACUAAGUAGAAGAACUGGUCCACAGGGUAAAGGCACUGAACUGCCAUGUUUGCCCACCUCGUUAUAGUGAUGUGGCUGCAUCCGCAUCUGCCUGACCAGAGCUCUUGCACGUCACUCUCUUUUUAGGAGGACGAGGCAAAAGGAAGGCAACGAGCUAAUGAUAUCAGGGAUUUACUUAAAACAGGAAACUCUAAUUCACUCUAGUUGUCCACCUCUAACAGAACGGCACAGAAAUUAUGUAUGUUCCAAGAGACACCCCCACAUACCUCAUGAUCCUAAAUUAUCAAAAUAAAAUUGAUUUGUGUUUGGCAUUUUGCACUGACCGAGCCAGGAGAGUGAAAUGGUUCAACUUGGAAAGGUUUUUCUAAACUAAAGCUUAAAACAAGACUAGUUUUAAGUAAAUAGCAUAAAGGAAGUUGGAGCAUUCUGGUUAACUGUGACUUUGCUAUGUAUAUUGAUAUUUCAUAGCUCAGUUUAGUUCAUUUGGCUCUCCUUAUCAUUGAAUUAUUGAUUUAUAAUAUUUGAUGUUUGGAUUCAUUCAGCAAGGACCCUUGGAAACUCACCAGCAUCUUUAAAGGCUUAACUUGUUUUUUGUUUUAUUUUUUCACCAGCUAUUUUGGAUAAGAGGAUGUUUGCAUCUCAAUGUAAAAACAAUGAAAACAGGUAUAAAUAAUG